GAUGUGGUUCACGCAAUCCGUUGCAGAGCUGCCGCAAUACAAUGAAAAGGAUUCAAAGCCACCCGUCAUUGGCUUUCGAGUCGGAUCCCACGCAGACACUGGGCUGAGAAGGUGCCACCACUGAAGAUUCUGUGCCGCCGUCAUAGCUCCAACACCACAAGAUGGGCUCCUGUCAGAGCAAAGAAGAGGUACAAGGUCGACUGACUGCUGCAGAGGAGGACAUCAAGCAGGAGUUUGAGCUGUCCAAACAGGCCCUGAAGGACUGGGUUGAUCAAUCUCAUCAAAACUUGAUCCCGGUAUAUGCAGGUUGUGACCCAACCUUGAAAUUGUUCUUCCCCAACGUAGCCCCCAAAGACCAUGGCACUGCUGCUGAAGAUGCAGCGCUGCGCUCUGGUACCUUGGAUGCAGCAAAGAAAUCGGUGUCUCCGACAAGGAAGGCCAAGACCUUCUACAAAGGCUUCAAUGCCCACAAGGCCAAAAUGGAGUUCAGAACUGCGGUGGACCUCCAGCAGUUCAUUGCAGUUGCCUAUGACCUGGCUAACAACCACAUGGAGGAAGUUGCCCCUUUGGGAGGCCCUGGUUCCACAGUUCAGUCAGAUGUGGAGCAGCUGAUCAAAAAGAUCCAGUACAACAUGGCAGAGAUGGGUCGCCUCAAGGAGAUGCACACUUUGGUGAUCCAGUUGAUCCUCUUUCGACGUGAAGAAAUUGGGAAGCAGUUAGAGCAGUUGAAAGUCUUGGCUGAAAGCUGGAAGGAAAUUCGAUGGGCUCUGGAACAGCUUGGUUUCUGGGAGGCAGGUGAGAUCAAGAUCACAAAGGAGAAGUACGGCAAUGAAACAGUGGGGGCAAGACAUUGCUCUGUAUACCUAAGUGUUCCUGAUACUGAGACUGCACAGGACUACUUCAAUGCCUUGAAUGGCAACCAUGCGCGUGGAAUUUCAGUUCCAGAGGAAUCACGAGGUUUCUAA